AUGAGCAGGCAAACUCGCUCCCAGACCCGCCAAUCUCAACCUCGAUCUCGAUAUCCACCACAAUCACCACCACAAUUACCACCACAAUCACCACCACGAUUACCACCACAAUCACCACCACAAUUACCACCACAAUCACCACCACGAUUACCACCACAAUCACCACCAGAACGAGUGCAAAUAAUUCUGCUGCUCCAAAAUGAAGCUAAAAAAAAUUCUCCCUCGUCCUCGUUGGCUAAAAAGAUAAAGAAAUUAAAUACAGACAAACUUAUCAACUUUUUACAAAAGUUAGACCUAAAACCCAAUGAGGAUGACUUACAAUGUUUUCAUUUAUUAACCUGUACCUCGUACAUUGAUUCCUAUUAUAAAGAGUAA